CAACACGUAAGCUGCGCAAACCGCGAGUGCUCACGUUCGCACGGAGAAGUUCUUUUUUCUACGAGAUUCAGACAUGGCGGACGUAAAGAAGCAACCCAAGCUUAAGAAAGACCCGGCCAAGAACCCCAUGAGGGAGGUCAAAAUUCGCAAAUUGUGUCUUAACAUUUGCGUUGGUGAGUCCGGUGAUAGGCUCACUCGUGCUGCCAAGGUGUUGGAACAGCUUACUGGACAACAACCCGUGUUCAGUAAGGCACGUUACACUGUGCGUUCGUUCGGUAUUCGCCGUAAUGAAAAAAUUUCUGUACACUGCACUGUACGAGGAGCAAAGGCUGAGGAAAUUCUUGAGAAAGGAUUGAAGGUUCGUGAAUACGAAUUGCAAAGAAAAAACUUCUCCGGAACUGGAAACUUUGGUUUCGGUAUCCAAGAACACAUCGAUCUUGGUAUCAAAUACGAUCCCAGCAUUGGAAUCUACGGUCUUGACUUCUUCGUAGUACUUGGCAGACCAGGAUUCAAUGUUGCUCACAGAAGGAGGAAGACUGGAAAAGUUGGUUUCCAACACAAACUGACGAAAGAAGAUGCGAUGAAAUGGUUCCAGGCUAAAUAUGACGGUAUCAUUCUUGCAAGCAAGAAGUAAAUUGCUUGUAAGUGUUUUUACAUGUUAAUAAAUAAGAAAAUAGAAAAAA